CAAAAGUAAAAAUAUCACAAAGUCUCUCUCAGUGACAGUGUCGAUAUAUAUUAGUGGAGGUGUAUCGACAAUGGUGGCGAUAUCAAUGUCAAUGACGUGGUCGCUUCCAACAACCUUACCAUCUUCAAAACUUCCCCGAUUCAACCGGUAUAGAGGAGGUAUGGCAUUUGCAGCUUCUAAUAGUACUACUACUUCUACUUUGGGAGUUAAAGUUACUAAAGGUUUGGGGGAAUUGUCUAAGGUUGUGUUAACAACUUCCACUGGAAGUGAAGCUGAGCUUUACUUGUAUGGAGGGUGUGUUACAUCUUGGAAAGUUGGGACCAAGGAUCUCCUUUUUGUUCGGCCAGAUGCAGUAUUCAAUGGUCAGAAGCCAAUAAGUGGAGGGAUCCCGCAUUGUUUCCCACAAUUUGGACCAGGCCCGAUGCAACAGCAUGGAUUUGCAAGGAAUUCAGACUGGUCCAUUGUUGAUUCUGAAAAUGUUGAUGGAUCUCCCGUUAUCACUUUAGAACUUAAGGAUAGCCCUUACAGUCGGGCUAUGUGGGAUUACAGUUUUCAAGCAUUAUACAAGAUCACCCUAGACGAGAAAAGCCUUUCUACUGAAUUAAAAAUCACAAAUACCGACAAAAAACCAUUUUCGUUUACCACUGCGCUUCAUACGUAUUUUAGUGCCUCUGUAUCGGGUGCAUCAGUUAGAGGUCUAAAAGGGUGCAAGACACUCAACAAGGAUCCAGAUCCGAAAAACCCAAUAGAAGGCACGGAGGAAAGAGACGUAGUGAGUUAUCCUGGAUUUGUUGACUGCGUUUAUCUUGGUGCUGCUAAUGAGUUAUACCUGGAUAACGGUCUGGGGGAUACCAUAUCCAUCAAGAAUACAAAUUGGCCAGAUGCAGUUCUAUGGAAUCCACAUCUGACUAUGGAAGCAUGCUACAAAGAUUUUGUCUGUGUCGAGAACGCUCAGAUUGGAAAUGUUGCUCUAGAGCCAGAGAAAUCGUGGGUGGCUACUCAACAACUUAGUGUCAGCUGAAUAGGAGGAAUUACCGACAGCAGGCGUAUGUUAUCUUAAAGAGAUACUUGUGGCUAAUGUACUAUAGAAAUACACUUUUGAUCAGAAUAAAAGCAUAUAAAACUGAUGCAUAGUUUGUCAAUCA